GGAAGAGUCCUGGAACAUGAUGAUGAUGAUGUGUGUUUAUGCCAGUUAUUGAACAUCUCCUCAGAUUAUCAUUAUUUUUUCUUUUAUUCUUGAACGAAACUCUUUGGUUUUUCAGUCAUGGACCAGAGGAAGACGGUUGUCGUGACCGGUUUCGAGCCAUUUGGUGAACAUACUGUUAAUGCCAGUUGGGUGGCUGUACAGGAGCUGGAGAAACUGGGUUUGGGCGAUGAUAUAAACCUCCAUGUUGCUGAAGUUCCUGUGGAAUAUCAAGCGGUCCAGAAUCUCCUGCCUUCUCUAUGGAAAGAUCAUCUUCCACAAUUAGUGGUCCACGUGGGUGUGUCCGGGAUGGCGACCACAGUGACACUGGAGCAGUGUGGUCAUAACCAGGGCUACAUGCGGAUGGACAACUGCAUGUUCUGUCCCGUGUCCCGCUGCUGUGUGGAUGGAGGACCAGACUGCAUUCAUUCAGUCAUAGACAUGGACAUGGUCUGCAAGAGAGUCAACUCCUCCGGCCUCGGAGUCUCUGUGUCUGUGUCGAAGGACGCCGGCAGGUAUCUGUGUGACUACACCUACUACAUGUCUCUGUUUGUGGGCGAGGGCCGGUCGGCGUUUGUUCAUGUUCCUCCUCUGGAUAAACCGUACAGCGCGGAGGAUCUGGCCCGAGCGCUCCGAGCCAUCAUUCGGGAGAUGCUGGAGCACAUGGAGACACAGCAGACAAACACACACUGCUUGCACAACCCGUGAGAAACACACACAUCACUGCUGAAACUCCUGCGAUGCAUCCUGGGAUCAGUUCAGUGGUUUGAGAGGUUUGUGCUGAACUCAAACCUACAGCUGGACAGCAGUCCGGAGAGCACUAUUAUGGGGUAUACUUGAAAACAUGCAGAGAUUUGGUUUUUUUUAGGGGGGAAACAAGGAGAUUUGGAUAUAGUGUGGAAACAAACAUGCUUUGGGAAGGGUUGAGUUUUAUUUCUGUCUUCAUUAAUGACUGUAUUAUGAACGAUAAAAGAUUUGAAGGUAAUUUAAUAGGUGAUAAACAUUUAAAAUAAAAUCAUACAACUGAAAUAAAUUAAAUGUUAACAGGACUAAACUAAUACAAAGUAAAUUCCUAAUUAAUUUAACUUAAACUAGCAUAGUUAAAACCCAAACUUAAUGGCAAAUAUAUUGACAUUUUAUAAAGGAAAUGUGCUAAUUAGAGGCAAAAAUUAUUAAUGUAUAUCAGAAAACACAAUAAAAUGACCAAAUAUUUUACUAAAAUGAAAAAUUAUUAUUUUUUAAUUAUUUAAAAAUGUAUUUUAUUAGUGUUUGGCUGAUUUACUUAUAGUUUAACUUGAGCUAAAAUAACUAAAAAAGAACAGAGAUAUUGGAUGUUAUGCAAAAAUAAGUUCUGGUAAUGUGGAUAUAGUGUGAAAACAAGCAUGUUUCAGAAAGGAUUGAUUUUAUUCUGUUUCAGUAUUCAUUAUUGACUGGAUUAAGAAAGUGUCAAGGAUAAAAAUCUCAAGCUACUUUUAUAGAUUACAAAAAUGAAAAUAAAAUUCUAGAUUUAAAACAAAAUAAAUAAUUAUUGAUUUUUGUUAAUAAACUAUUAACAAAAAAUUGUAAUGUCUUUUCCCUGUUUUUAUUUAGUUUAACUUGACAAGCUACAAUAUUUGAAAAUUAAAAUUAAUAGAAAAUAUUCUAAAAUAGUGAAAAUGUUUUUUUUUUAAAUGAAUAAUAAAUGGAAAAAAGCUGAGAAAGAAUUACUUGAAUGGAAAAUAAAUAUAAAAUACGUAACUAAUUUUGUAGACUAACUUCAUUGACUAAAUCUAAAAUGUUUUGCAUAAAGUAAAUGGAAAAACAUUUUUUAAUGAUUUUAAUAAAACUGAAUUUAAAGUGAGAAAAA